AUGACAACAGUAGACCACAUAAACCUCCAGGACACAUCGCUUUCAAGAAGGGACGCACAAUAACUCAAACAGGAACUAAUUCCUGAUAACUUUUAGAUUAAUUUGAAUUCGACGUCACGGAGCCAGGAUGCCUUUCCUCGGACAGGACUGGAGGUCACCGGGUCAGAGCUGGGUUAAAACCGAAGAGGGAUGGAAAAAGACAUCAGCAGACGACAAAAACAACAAUGUCUCCGUGGAGAGCUUCUGCAAAGCCGAGGAGGAGGAGUGUUUCAACAAGGAGAACCUGCUGCUCUCUUUCAGCUAUGACAUGGCUGCCAAGAAGAGGAAAAAAGACCUAAUGAACAACAACACCAAGGUCCCCUAUUUCCACAGGGAAAAGUGGAUUUAUGUUCAUAAAGGAAGCACCAAAGAGCGCCACGGAUAUUGUACACUGGGAGAGGCCUUCAACCGCUUAGAUUUCUGCAGCGCCAUCAAGGACACGAGGAGAUUUAAUUAUGUCGUCAGACUCCUGGAGCUUAUCGCCAAGUCCCAGCUCCCCUCGCUCAGCGGAGUGGCGCAGAAAAACUAUAUGAAUAUUCUGGAGAGAGUGGUACAGAAAGUUCUUGAUGACCAGCAGAAUGUUCGUCCCAUUAAAGAGCUGCUGCAGACGCUCUACGUCUCGCUGUGUGGUCUGGUUCAGGACAUGGGCAAGUCUGUCCUGGUGGGGAACAUCAACACCUGGCUGCACCGUAUGGAGAACAUCCUGCAGUGGCAGCAGCAGCUGGACAACAUCCAGAUCAACAGGCCCACAUCUACAGGCAUGACUCUGACUGACCUGCCUGCCAGUCUGCAGCUAAACAUCAUGGAGCGUCUCACGGAUGGCAGAGACCUGGUCAGCCUGGGUCAGGUGUGCCCUGAGCUGGGGGCCCUCACUGAGGACCGGCUGCUGUGGAAGAGACUCUGCCAGUACCACUUCACAGACAGACAGAUCCGAAAGCGCCUGAUGGUGUCAGACAAAGGUCACCUGGAGUGGAAAAAGAUGUACUUUAAGCUGAGCCGCUGCUAUCCUCACAGAGAGCAAUACAGUGACACCCUGCACUUCUGCACACACUGCCACAUCCUUUUCUGGAAGGACACAAACCAUCCCUGCACAGCCAACAACCCAGAAAGUUGCACCAUGUCCCUCUCCCCUCAAGACUUUAUCAACCUUUUCAACUUCUGAUCCCGCCCUGCUCCCCAAAUCAGAUGAACUGACUGUACAUACUGUACAUAGAAAUGUACAAUAUUGUUUUUUGUUCAAUAGCACAAUCAAUUCCUGGAUUUGUGUUUCGUUGAGGUAUUACUGGAGGGGGCUCAGGCAGUGGGACAAUUAUGCAAUCGAGUUAGUUUUGAGAACAGAGACCUCUGGGAGAGCUCAGUUGAAAGCUAGUGAAUGUGACAGAGGCAAAGAGAUGUGGUAGUCGACCUGUGGAUGGAGGAAGGAAGCUAAGGAUAAAGGGAACAUUCAGUUGUCAGAAUUUAGUCUUAGUUUGUGUGUGUUUUUUUUUUUUUUUUUUUUUUUUUUUUUGGUUUUUUUUUUAAAUCACAGCUCCAAAGUCAACGCACCUCUUGACCUCAGAUGUGUGCACUUGUUUUUCAUAAAUUGGAUAAUUUGGUUUUAUUUUUUAGUUUUUGAACCUUGUAAUUUCUUUCUCAAACACAGAAUGUAGCAUGAUUAUUUAUACCAGUUUGAAAUUGGGAUUUGUGUAAGGUAUAACAAGGGGAGAUGCAGAGUGUUUGAUGUUCAGGUGGAGUUUGCAAUAAUAUUCUGUUGGGCACUGGGAGGGAGAGCACUAAAGUUUGAGUUGCUGCGGUACCUAAGAGAUAAUGAAUGUAAGAAGGGAGCUGGUCAUGGAUUGUUAGACUGACUGAUGAUUCUAUAUGUUGACACACCACAGUAUGUUUUCUAUUUUUCUUUGUUGUUUUUCACUUUUAUAAAGAUUUGAUAUGACGUUUUUUAAUUUUAUUAAUUGUGUGUUAAUUUGCUGCUGUGGCUGCUAUAGCAACAGCACCUGAGUGCAGUAUUACCAAAGAUUGUAAUCAAAGUCAGUGUAACGAUGGCGUGUGCCUUAUCACGAAACUUGAAACCGGUACAGCUUAAUCCUUGUUUGUUUUCAGAUCCUGAUGCUGUUUUUAUCAUUGACAAAUGACUCUUUUACAGAAGAGUGGUAUAUAUGAUGUGAGACUCUGAUACCAAAGUUGACUGUCUGAAACAUCUUAUUUCUUUUGUAGCCUCAUGCAUGAUUUUUUUUUUUCUUUCAUAACCCACCCAGCAGAUUGUGUUUACGUAUUUAUUUAUUGAGAUUCUGGCACGGAAUGGAAAUAUUGGUAUUAAAGGUGCAAUUUGACCCAGACUUUUCUCCAUCACUGCGCAGACAGUGAGGAAUGAUGUACAUGCUAUGCAAUGCGUUCUGUUUACUUUCUGUUGAAUAAAUAAAAGAAAAUAACCCUG